GCGGCGGCGCCACCGCGCGCCGGGCGGCGCUGAUGCCGUGGAAGAUCCCCAACACGUCCAGGUGGCAGUGGCUGAGCGUGAGGGAGCUACUGCUGCGCGAGCGCAUCAUAUUCAUCGACAGCUUCAUAGACGACAACUGCGCGAACGCGACCCUGGCCAUGCUACUGUAUCUGCAGAGCGAGGACGCCACAAAGCCAAUACAGAUCUACUUCAACGUGCCUGGGGCUAUGCUGCAGCCCUCCCUGGCAAUCUACGACACGCUGAAACAGCUACAGGCCAAAGGCUGCAAGGUCACGACCGUUGUUUUCUCACUGUGCAGCGGCAUGGGUGCCUUUCUUGCUGCCGCUGGCACAAAAGGCCGCCGAUUCGCGACUCCGAACUCGAUCUUCCGCAUCUCCAAGACAGGGCUAGCAAGCCCAAUCCAGGGACAGGCGUCCGAGAUAGAGUUGGAGGCUACGCAGAUGCUGAAGGAGGCCGCGGUCGUAGAGAAGGCCCUGGCGGAAAUGACAGGAAAGCCGCUGGAGGCGAUACAGAAGGACCUUGGGCGUGACUUCUACCUGGAUGCGGAGAAGGCCGUAGAGUACGGCCUGAUCGAUAAGGUAAUGAAGUCCCCGGAAAAGCGCGACCUGAACGCGGGCCAGCGCGACCCCUGGAGUGGGCAGGACACCCGCGACUACAGGCACCACGUCGUGGAGUACGACCCGGAGCGGUUGAGGCGCUCAGAGCUCUUCGCCCUGGUGGACCGGCUCGUGCGCGUGCUCUUCCCGCCGAGCGUGCUGGGCGCGCCUGGCCAGCGGCCCACCGACUUGGAGCUCUACGGACCGACACUCUCCAUAUUAUUCCUAAGUCCGCUCCAGGGCGUGCAGCACGGCGCCCGUGGUCUUCAGAAUGGCUUCGCGCAGCGGCACGGGGUCCAGCUUUUCUUCCCGCAGCCCAGCGACUGCGGCGUGAACGGCAAGGACGUGCCACGAGGGAACAAAAGCAUCAUUAACGAGAGGGACCGCACCCAACGGAAGGACGUGUUGGCAGCUCAAGAGGUGCUGCAUCGCAAGCUCGACGUGAGCAGCUUCAACGACAACGACGUGAUGAAGAACAACUACCCCAGUCGCGCCUUCGUGGUCGAGCAGGAACAGCAGCAUCUUCGGUCCGACGUCGAGCGCACCCAGGCCACCCUUGCCGUGUCGGAGGCCGCGCCCCCGCCCCUGGACACGGCCGCGCUCGCGGCACGGGAGGAGAAGGUUCUGCGCGUGUUUUUGCAGUUCUUCGAGGGGGGAAGCACCCAGGGCACCUCCGCCGCGCGUUUGGCCCUGGGUCUCACCAUGAGCCUUUACGGCGCGGCACAUUCCCAGGCCUGCUCGCGCAAGGAGGUGGACAGGCUCAGGCUGGACUACUGGGGCCUGCCGCCCGCCUCGCCGGUGGGCCUGCAGCCGGCGGGCCACCCUCCCGCCGCCCCGGGCGGCCAGGGCGGCAGCGGCGAGGGGCGCGCACGGCGCGCGCGGUCCAGGAGCGCGGAGGCGGGCCGGCCGCCGGCGGAGGCCGCGCAGCAGUCCGCGGACGACCGCCUGAUCUCGCUGCUGCUGGGGCAGGCCGCGGCCCGCGACAGGGAGUCGCAGGUCGCCCGGGACGACGACGCCGUGAGGCACCUGCUGAGAGGGGGGCUCACGGCGGAGGAGGCGCAGCCCGGCCGCGACGACGACGCCCUGCGGCUCCUGCUGUCCGGCGGGCCCCCCGCCGCGCCGCCCAGCCCGCCGUGGCGGCCGCCGGGCGGCGGCGCGGCCGCGGCGGCGCCGUGGAGCGCCCUGCGCCUCGCUGGCGACGACGCUGCCGUCGCCGGCCUCCUCCGCCAGCAGCCAGCGCCGCCCAUCUCGGCUCGCGGUCCGGCAGCAGCUGGGCGCGGCCGCCGCUUCGCCCCAGCAGAGGUUGGGCGGCGGGGCGGCCGUUGCGGCCCCGCCGCGGCCACAGCAAGGCUGGCCCCAGGCGGGCGGCUGGGCCGACGCGACGUUGCGGCCAGAGCUCCUCCGGGACGACGACGCCCGCCUGCGGAGCCUGUUCGAGUAGCGACCCGCAGCAGCGGCGAAGCUCCGGACGCGCGCCGCGGCCCGCGGCCCGGGAAACGCGUUCCCGCUGAUGCCAGGAAAGCGUACGACUCGAGAUCGCCGAAAUUCGGUUUGCCGACGCUUUCGGCUGCACGUGGGGCGCUCCAAGAGAGGCCUCGCCUUUGAGGAUCCAAGGGGUUGUCAUCUCUUCAUCGGCGAGAGGCUGGCGGAAGG